AUGGCCAUAUCCUGCUAUGGUGAUCCCUUCCCUAGGGCGAUUUCAUCUAAUGAUAAUUCUCUAGAGUCUCAAUCACAUUAUAUGAUCUCAUCCCCGUGGGCACUCCCCAUUAUCCCAAAAUCUCAUUUUCCUUCACUGGAUGCUACUCCAUCAGUGGUAGCUGCAAUGUGUUCAAAAGUUCCCUUCAUUAGCAAUGCAAUGAUGAAGGCUACUGGCCGCAGUGCAUUCAACCUGUUGGUCAACAAUGGGCCAGCUGCUGGCCAAGUAAUAUAUCAUACACAUAUUCACAUAAUUCCCCGCAAAGCAUACGAUUGUUUAUGGGCUUCUGAGAGUUUGCUAAGACGACGCUUUAAUGUAGAUGAUGAGAAAGUUUCUCAGCUUGCAGCUCGUAUUCAGAAGCAGUUAUUACCAUCUGACACGUGCCAGUAA